UAAGACUGGGUGCUGCUCUUUGGUCCGUAAGUCCAAAAUGACAAAGAAAAGAAGGAACAACGGUCGUGCCAAAAAGGGCCGCGGCCAUGUGCAGCCUAUUCGCUGCACUAACUGUGCCCGAUGCGUGCCCAAGGACAAGGCCAUUAAGAAAUUCGUCAUUCGAAACAUAGUGGAGGCCGCAGCGGUCAGGGACAUUUCUGAAGCGAGCGUCUUUGAUGCCUAUGUGCUUCCCAAGCUGUAUGUGAAGCUACAUUACUGUGUGAGUUGUGCAAUUCACAGCAAAGUAGUCAGGAAUCGAUCUCGUGAAGCCCGCAAGGACCGAACACCCCCUCCCCGAUUUAGACCUGCGGGUGCUGCCCCACGUCCCCCACCAAAGCCCAUGUAAGGAGCUGAGUCCUUAAGACUGAGACAGACUAUUCUCUGGAGAAAAAUAAAAUGGAAAUUGUACUUAAAAAAAAAAAAAAAAAAAA